GGUUUCUCGAAUACAUCAACGCAAGAUAACAACUUCUCUUACGCAUCCUAAUCUCUUUCUCCUUCUCGCAAGGACUCAGAAUGUCUACAUCCUCUGCAUCCGCCGACAAACCCGCCGCCCCCAUAGCAGCGAGUUCGGGUGUCGAGGCGCAGGGGAAACAACAUUGCGUCCGCUGCCACGCCAACUUCUCCACCGACUCCAAUGCUUCCGGGAACUGCGUCGUUCCACACGUGUUCGACGCGUCACAGGCGUUCGACUUCGGCGACGGCCAACGCUACUUCCCCUCUCACUGCUGCGGCGACGACGAGAUCGUCGUUCAAGAUACGCCCUCCUCUAGCUCCAGAUCUACAGAGAUGCUGCAAGCCGAAGAGGGCAAGGGUACCAAGACAGGCGAGGACGUCUCCGAUGCCAAGGCGAGAGAAGAGGGCGAGGCGCUCUUCAAGAUCGCCAAUCUUGGCCCGUGCUUCCGCGGACGCCAUACGACCGUUGAGGACGACAUCGAGAUGCAGUACAAUGGAUGGAACAUCCUCAGAUGCGUCACCGACGAGGAAGGUCGCUGUAUGCGCGUGCAUCUCGCUCAGUCGGACAAAGAGCCGGUAUUCAGCACCGGCGUUAUCUAUACGACAGGGGAUGCGGAGGAUCGCGAGUGGGCUGAUGAGGAUGCGGAGAAGGAAAAGGGGAGUGAGGUACUGGUGAAAGCAGCAUGAUUGAUUCGUGAGCUCCUGCAAAUUUACUCCCGUUCCUUUCCUAUUCCAAAAUCAUCCAUCGAGUUGAGCACCAGGGAUCAGGCAUCUGUAUUACAUAGCAUCGAAAAAAAAGACUAGCACGUUUCAUUAUCAUAACACUUUUACGCGUACAAGCAAGAAGCUUUCUGUCUCAUUUUUUCGAUGCUUUCAGGCAAUCGUAUCACUCAUAGCAACCUUCGCCACUCUUUCCUAGACGUGCUCCGUGUGUGCCUUCUCUCCUCCGUCCUUGCUGCUC